AUGGGUCUCGGCGGUCACCUCCUGGACCCCUCUUCAAUUAUAUCUCCAGAAUGGAGUCGAGCAAUUCGAAUUGUUGCUACCGUCUCAUCUAGUUUCAGUGUGAUUGGUACACUGAUCACCAUAUAUUGGUUCUUCAUGAUGAGGAGAAACUUCAGAAGAAAGUGUGUGAUAGUCUACUUUCAACAUGGAGAAGACCAAUCGCUGAUCUUCGUCUNNAGUCUGAUCCUGUAUCUCGUUCUGGCCGACUUCUUCAAAUCACUAUGGUACAUAAGCUUUUCGGGAGUAUCUCUUCGUCGGGGUGCCAUCGACACACACUCGCCGUUUUGUCAAGGGUUUGGCUUCUUAUUACAAGCGUCAACCAUGGCUUGUGGACGCGAAGGCUAUAUAGCACAGGGUCCCUUUNGCACCUUGCCGAUUCGCCCUUACUGGUACCGACUUGCACUGCAAUGGAUCCCCCGAUAUCUCAUCUGGAUCUACAUCAUGUUUGUGGCCAUUCGCAUCUACCUACAUGUCGGACAAGGAUUCAAGAUUUUUGCCCGCGAAGACGACAAGGAAUCGAGCACCGAGACACACGGCUACGGACCAGCAGAGAGUCUCGGAACCAUGCCUGGAGAAGGACUGCCAGACCUGCGAGUGGCUAAANAGAGAGGCGCAAGCGCAGGCGAACUGCAGGAUCUGUCCGGAUUCACCGAUAGUAAUGCUUCUAAUCGCCAAGCUCCUGCAAGCAGCUCCAGCCAGGGCAGUCAGUCCACCUGGCCGACAUCUCUCAACUCUUCUUCCGAAGGGUUUAAACUGCCGUCUGGUGGCCACUCGAGACGAAGCAGCCAUGUUAUUGUUCUUGCGGACGGAACCAUCCAGCACGAACUUUUGCAGGUGCCCACAGAAUCGAAGCAGCAAAGACAGUCUGUCUCUACCAUUGCAACUUGGAGAACUUCAGCCGAUAUGACUGCUGCUGCUGGGAACCCCUCGGUCAACCUCGCACCAAUCGAAGAAGGACACCAAUCGACAAACCGAGACAACAUAGACAUAGAGUCAGCCGACACACCUCUCAAGAAGAGACGAAGGGCGAUUCAACGACAACUCCGCCUUCUUUUCAUCUACCCGGUAACUUAUCUCAUGGUCUGGGUUAUUCCCUUUGUAUAUCAUUCCUUCAACUACAGCGACAAAUAUGCCGCGCAUCCUGUUCCUAUCCUGGCGCUGCUUGGAAUUUUCUGUGUAACAUUCGCUGGUACAGUGGAUUGCAUCGUGUUCGGUUGGAGAGAAAAGCCAUGGCAACAUGUACCAGGAGCCGAUGGCACCUUCCUCGGCAGCUUCAAAUUCUGGACCUUCAACAACGGUAGAAGAAGACGGUGGGCAACACCCGCACCGAAAGCAUUGCCAUCAUUGGGCAGAGACGAAGAGGAAGCCGUUGGAGAGACAGCACAAACACCGCAAAAGGCAAAACGCCUCAGUGGAGCACCCAGAAAUUCUUCAAUCAACGGACACAAGCAUAUGGUUCCCAUGCACAAAAAGACAUUCUCUGGAACUUCGGAUCGAGCGACCAGAGCAGCGGAGCAAGCGGCCGAGAGAUUGGCUCUGGAAAGAGCAGACCGCCAGAGUCGCAUGUCCACGCGCAACUCAUCCGUCAAUCCGGCAAACGAAUGGUUCGAGCGAAGGCUGAGCGAAUGCGUCAGUCCGACUCGCGAGAACUCUCACUUCGAAUUGACACCCAGUCCUACCGAGGAGUUGUAA